GUUGGAGGGUUCGAACAAGAAGAAGAUUGUGACGCUCAUUGUGGAAAAAUCUGUGAAUAAUUAAGACGAGUUUUAUUGAAAACCUUACUUCGUAUCGAAAGGCAAGAGAGGAGAAAACAAAACCAGAAUUGGAUAGACUCAACUUUCAAAGCAGCAAUCUUUGCUGGUAAUGUGCGAGCAAUGAGAGAAUUACUUGAAAUGGGAGCUAAUAUGAAGUGGACGGAUAGAAUGGGCUUCAAUUAUAUUCACCAAGUAGUAUUUACUGGACAUUACACAAUGAUAAAAUAUCUGGUGGAGUUCGGCGUUGAUAUAAAGCAUCAAGCCCGGUUUCGGUGGUUCCAGCCAAUUCAUUUUUGUAGUGUUUUCCCAAACAAAGAAAAAGGCUUGAAAGAACUAUUGAAAUAUGGUGCUCAACUAGAUGCCGUUGACUACUUGGGAUAUACCCUGCUUCAUUUUUUGGUGAAGAAGUGGCCUCAUCGUGACCUGCGUUAUAUUCAAAAACUUCUGGAUUACGGGUUCGAUCCAAACGCUACGAGCAAAGGAGGAAUCAGCUGUCUCCAAAUUAUAGCAGCUUCUGACUUGUGCACUCCAAAACAAGUGUUGUCCCUGGCGAGGAUGUUCAUCAAAAGAGGUGUUGAUAUCAACAAUGUGACCACACAUAACCAGCAAACAUCUCUACAUAUGGCUUGCAGUACAGAAAAAACGUCUUUGGUCGAUCUUUUACUUCGCGAAGGUGCUAUAGACACAAGGUGCAAAAUUGGCAGUACGGCUUUCGGACAAUUAUUUAAUGGGAAUUAUCCGAAGAUGGACAUUAUUGUUAUCUUUAUUAAGCAUUUUGCACUCAAAAAACGCCGUGGAGAAACUGUUGAAGCCACUGUUUCUAAUGAAAUCGCUCAUAAUGUAUAUCUUCAAAAAAUAUAUCGUAAAUACGAAGAAGAUUUGAACCGUCUCCAAUCCAUAAAAAUAGUCGAAUCUCACAGGGUUACACUACAUGAUGUACUGUGCUGCAAGAUAAGCGAGGUUGUCGAGUACCUGAGUAGUGCUAGUGUUAGAGAUAAUAUUUUCCCUCUAAAAGUUUCCACGUUUUUCUCGAGAGAAAUUCGACAUAGAUACAGGAAGACAAUGGAAAUUAUAGAAUUUGAAGAGGAGUCCUGUAGAGUGAUUCACGAAAUUUCCCAUGGCAAACUACCUUAUUCGUGCCUCAGACAGAUAUCGAAAUAUCUGUCUGAAAGAGAUGUGAAAGAAUUGCCCGCAUUUUUGAGGAACGAUAAUCUCAAUCGAAAGAUGUGACAAAUUCGUUUUUGAGGCUACAAUGUCUAUAUUUUUUGUUUUCAACCUUUGUACAUAUUACUGUUCUGUAAUUAAAUAAAUUAUUUUGAUACA